AUGAGUGAUAAAGAACGCGAACGUGAAAGGAGUCAAUCACGUGAAAGGAGCCGAACACGUGAAAGGAGCCGAACACGUGACUCGAAGCGUGACCAUUCCGAUUCUCGAUCCCUCCGGAGACGCAGUUAUCGUGGCGACAGAUCGAGAAGCCCGUCACGAUCUCGGUCCAGGUCAUAUUCUCCAUCUCGGUCGCCCCGAAGGAAGCGGCGCCGACACAGAACCAGUCGCAGAAGCCGGAGGUCACGAAGGGAAGGUGAUGGACGACGCAAAGAUGGCCCUAGAGGCCAUGAUGACAGAAGCCCCUUGGCCCCUAGGGAGGUGGAGGAUGUGACUGUCAAGAGGGAGGAUAGCACGAACGACAAGGAAAGUACUCACGACAAGGAAAGUACAAACGACAAGGAACGCAAUGUCUCGAUGGAGGACAGGAAGGAUACUUCUGAGGAUGUUGUGGAGGAUGUGGAGGAGGGGGAUCCUUCUGAAGAGGCACUGGAAAAAAAAGUAAAGAACCCAGAAGAUGACUUGGAGGCAGCGGCAGAAGAGCUCAAGAAACUCAUGGAGCUAAAGUCUGGAGGCCGAUACGUUCCUCCUGCUAAAAUCAGAGCGCUUCAGAAGCUGCUGGUCCAGGAUAAGACGUCCAAGGAGUUCCAGAAGAUCCAGUUUGACAAUCUCAAAAAGGCAAUCAACUCGCUGGUGAACAAGGUCAGUGCUCAGAACAUUCGAGAUAUUGCGGGGGAGAUUUUCACUCAUAAUCUCAUCCGAGGACGUGGGCUGUUCUGUAGAAGUGUCAUGACCGCCCAGAGUCUUGCUCUGCCCUAUACGCCUGUCUACGCCUGUCUGACGGCCAUUGUCAACUCCAAGCUACCUCAGGUUGGCGAGCUGCUUGUGCGACGACUCAUUCUGCAAUUUCGACGGGGCUACAAGCGUAAUCAGAAGGACGUGUGUUUGUCAAGUGUGACGUUUCUGGCGCAUUUGUGCAAUUACCAUGUUGCUCAUGAGGUUCUAGUGCUUCAGUUGCUGCAUUUGUUGCUUGAGACCCCCACAGAUCACUCUGUCGAGGUUGCUGUAGCUUUCAUCAAGGAGUCCGGUGCCUUUUUGGCCGAAGUUUCGCCUGCUGCCAACAACGGAGUAUUUGAGCGUCUUCGAGCUGUGUUGCAUGAUGGCGAGCUGGAAAAACGAACGCAGUACAUGAUCGAGACGCUGUUCCAGAUCAGAAAAGACGGCUACGAAAACUACCCUGUGGUUCAAGAAGAACUGGACCUGGUAGACGAGGAGGACUAUGUGACACAUAUGACGGGUUUGGACGACAAGUUUACAGAUGAUAAGCUGCUCAACUACUUUGUUAUGGACCCUGACUACGAGGCCAACGAGGAGAAGUACGAUUUGCUGAAAAAGGAGAUCCUGGGAGACUCUGACGACGAAGAGGAAGAUGAUAGUGAAGCCGAGGAAGAGGCAGAUGAUGAAGAGGAGGAGGAGGGGGAUGAAGAGGAGGAGGCUCAAGCCUCUACCUCGGCUGUGCGAGACCUCACGGGUACAGAGCUUGCUACGUUGCGAAAGAAAAUUUAUCUGACGGUCAUGUCGACCAUGUCGAUCGACGAAAUCGUUCACAAGCUUGUCAAGCUGUCUCGAACGGUUAUUGAGAUCCCUGAGGGUCUCCCCGAAGACCAGGCUCUGAUUCUGCGUCUCAAGCGGACCCAGGAGGUGACGAACAUGCUUGUGGAGUGUUGUGCUCAAGAGAAGAUUUAUAACAAAAUCUACGGAGGUACAGGAGAGCGGCUUCUGAGACUGUCGCGGGAAUGGAGAACCAACUUUGAGAACACCUUUGGGUUCUUUUACUCGGUUAUCCACAGAUACGAGCCCAAUCAGAUCAGAAACAUUGCCACGUUCUUUGGGUACCUGUUGGCAUCAGAUUCUCUGUCGUGGAAGGUUUUGGAGGCUGUUUCUCUGACUGAAGAGGACUCGAACCCCUCGAACCGUAUCUUUCUCAAGAUUAUGUUCACCGAGAUGCGUCAGGAGCUGGGAAUGGAUCUGUUGAAGGAGCGACUUUCCAAGCCGUUUGUGCAGCAGUACAUUGCCGGUAUGUUCCCCAAGACGAAUGCUUCUCAUGUUCGGUUUGCCAUCAACUAUUUCACUGCCAUUAAUCUUGGUCCUUUGACAGAUGGUAUGCGGGAGAUUCUUCCUGGUCUGGUGGAGGAGGAGGAGAGGCUGAAGAAGGAGGAGGAAGAGCAGAAGCGAGAGUACGACAGUUACGAUUCAUACGACAGUUAUGACUCAUACGACUCCUACGACUCCUACGACUCCUACGACUCCUACGACUCCUACGAUAGUUACGACUCCUACGAUAGUUAUGACUCCUAUGACUCCUAUGACUCCUAUGACUCAGUGUCUGAGGAUGAUCGGGGGCGACGACGACGACGAGGUGUAGGAAGUAGAAGGCGGUCGCUAACUCGGUCUCCUGGUUCGCGGUCACGGCCACGAUCCCGGCCACGAUCCCGGUCACGGUCAAGAUCUCUAUCUCGGGAUAGAACCGGUUCUCCGCCUCGUGGUCGACGGCGGUCUCGAUCUUAUUCCCGUUCGCCUUCGCGGUCAUACUCUCGUUCGAGAUCUUAUUCCCGAUCGCCAUCUCCGAGACCUAAAUCUAAAGGGGCUAAAGGCCGGAGCAGUUACCGGGCCGCCAGUUAUUCGCGGUCGAGAUCUCCGGUCAGACGAGUUGGUUAUUCUAGAAGCAGGUCUCCAAGCGUGUCUGGAGGUUCCUCUCGAAGUCCUUCUAGAAGUCCUUGUAGAAGCCCCAACAAGGGCCGUGCUCCUACUCCGGAGAAAGGUCUUUCGCCGCCUCGAAAGCGAGUGCGCGCCAGUGAUUUGUUCUAA